AUGCUGACCGCGUUCGCACCGCCAGCCCUGCCUGGGCUCCCAGGGCGCCUGCCUGAGGUCCCCGCCCGGCGCCAGGACUCCUCCGGUUCGUCAGGUUCCUACCACACGGCUCCGGGUUCUCCAGAGCCCCCGGACGUUGGGCCGGACGCGGAGUGCCGAGCGAAUUGGCCCGGGGUGGCCCCUGCGCUGGGGGCGGGCGCGCAGCCUCGCCUGUCCGUCAGCGCCCAGAAUAGCCGCCAGCAGCUCGGGACCAGCUCGGGUUUCCCGCGAGGCCCGGGCUCCGGCCCGCGGCCACCCCAGCCCCAGCUGCGCCUGCUGCCGUCGGGGGAGAUGGAAGUCAUCUUCGGCGCCGGGGCCCUGUUCAGCCGCUCCGACGCGGCGGAUAGCGAGGUGCAACAGCUCACCGCUCGAGCUUUCCGCAGCCUCUCUCCACCCGGGCCCGCGACUCCUGCUCCAGCAACACCGACGCCUCAGACCCCGAACGGUGGCUCCCGCUGGGCCACUUACCUGGAGCUGCGGCCCAGCGGGCCAAGUCCUGGGACCCCAGCGCAGUUCGAGUGUGUGGAGGUGGCGCUGGAGGAACGUGCCGAGCCCGCCAGACCCCGGACUGUGCCCAAGCGUCAAAUUGAGCUGCGCCCCCGACCCCGGAGCCCCCCGCGGGAGGCGGGCGCGCCGCGCCCCCGACUGCUUCUGCGCACUGGCUCCCUGGAUGAGUCUCUGGGCCGCCUGCAGGAAGCCGCGGAUUUAGUGCAGACAGCACUGGCCCGAAAACUAAGCCCUGCGGCCCCUGCCCGGAGCAGCGCCACCUUCGGGCCCACGGGGCGGCUGGAGUGUGCGACCCGGGAAACGGCCCGCAGUACCCGAAAGGUCCUGGAGGAGGCCAGGUCUCGGCCACCCCGCGUGCAUCAUAGUUCAGCCCCCGCCAGGGCACCACGGCCGUGGCCUAGCCUCCGAGAGCGCGCGAUUCGGCGUGACAAGCCCGCGCCGGGGACCGAGCCGCUGGGUCCGGUUAGUUCCAGCAUCUUCCUGCAGUCAGGGGAGAAGAUUCAGGAGGCGCACAGUCAGGAACUCAAGACUCGGUUCCCGCGAGAGACUCUGGAUCGAACCAUCCUGAGAGAACCGUCUCCGCCUUUUGAGUCUAGGGACCCCCGGGAGGUUCUGAGUAAGGCUGGAAAACCUAGGAGCUCGUCCCCACUGUGGCAGGCUCCAAAUGGGACCGUACGGGGUCCUCACUGCCCGUCCCCCCAGAAUCUGCCUCCGUGGAAUCGAGCUAUUCGGAGAGUAAGUAGCCCGUCGUUUCCCGAGGCAUCCUCUGCCUGGAGAAAUCAGGAUCCUGCUAUCGAGGAAACUGUCAGCAGAAGAAGCCCUUCCCCACCGAUCCGUUCUCAGUGGAAUCAGGGUGUUGCCAGAACAAGAAGCCCAUCCCCCGAAGCUCCUUCCCUGUGGGAGGUUCCGAAACCUGCAGUUGGGAAUACCGCAGAGGGCAAUAGGAGCCCGUCCCCGCCGGCCUUGUCCUCACUGGAGGCUCCAGAUCGUACUAAUGGGACGUGGAACCCAUCUCCCCAAGAGACGUGGGAUCCCACACUGCAGGGCUCAUCGAUAGUACCUACAUCGGAAGCUCUAAAUGGGAUAGGACAGGAGGAGCUGGCGCUGCCUAGACCGUCCUCCCCCAGGACCCCCGAGCUCACAGACGCGCAGAGUCCGUCCACGCGGGAGAUGCGGAAUCUUGCCUUCCGAGGCAGUCAGCCGUCGCCAGAAGUGGAUGCACCCGAGCUGCCCCUCAGUCGCCUCGUGGGCACCUUGGAUGCCGAUGUGCACCGGGAAGUCUCGGGCCCUGGAGAAGCAGCCUCGGGACGACCGCGCGUGGCCAUUCCACGGCCCCGCGACGUGCGCAAGAUGGUGAAGACCACGUACGCGCCAAGCUUUCCUCCGGGAACACCAGGUUCGGGGCUGCCUGCGCCUCCGGCGGAACCCCGCGGAGAGGAGGGCGGCUCAUCCAAGACACAAGAGUUCCAGGCGCUGGAGUCCCCAGCCCCAGCUCACUACACUUCUGUUUAUCUGAAGGACUUUCUGCCUGUCGUGACGCACCCCUACGAGCCCCCAGAGCCGUCCCCCGACACAGUCCCCCGGGACGCUUCACAGCCCAACGGGGUCCUGAGGCGGAGAGCAGAGAACAGCACGGCAAAACCCUUCGCGCGCACUGAGAUCCGCCUGCCUGGUGCACUGGCCUUGGGCCGCCGGCGGGAGGGACCUGGGGGAGUCCUGGUGCGCGGUUCUGGCGUAGAGAACCGGGAUGCGGAGGUCCAGCGCCUGGUCCCUGACGGCCAGGGGCGGACCAGCCCUCUAGGAGGCGCUCGCACCUCACCCCAGCAGUCGCCCAUAGGGCCAGCCGGGCCCCAACCAUCCAGACCACCCUGUCCCAGCUCCCCUCAGGCGAACCCUAGCUUGAGCCCUGGGAUAGCACCCAAAUUGGAGACGCCUCGUGUGGCCCCCGAGACCGCGACUGCUGUCCAGUCGUCUCUCCCGCGGGAGCCCCAGGCGUCGGCAGGCAGAACGGCCCCGCCCCAGCCCCGCGCCGCGUCAGCGCCACCGAUGGACCGGUCCCCAGAAGGCCCUUUCCAGGGGGCGCGGAAGCCACCUGGGACCGCGUAUCCGGGGAAGGUCCUGGUGGACCCCGAGAGCGGCCGAUACUACUUUGUGGAGGCGCCGCGACAGCCUCGGCUACGGCUGCUCUUCGACCCAGAGAGCGGGCAAUAUGUAGAGGUGCUGCUGCCGCCAUCGCCCCCAGGGCCACCCCGCCGCGUCUACACCCCGCUGGCCCUGGGCUCCAGCCUCUACCCGCCCGCCUAUGGGCCUAUCCCCAGCCUGUCGAUGCCGCCAUCCCCGGGCCCGCCGGCCUUCAGCGGCCCCCCGCUACCCUGGGCCUCUGAGGCGGGGCACCUGGACGGGAUGUAUUAUCUGCCAGUGAGUGGAACCCCCAGCCCCGCACCCCCUCUGCUCCUCUGUGCUCCACCCAACAGCUCAGGUUCAGCCCAGCCCGGCAAAGGGUCCUUGUUCCCAGUGUGA